AUGAGCAACAAAAAGCUGAAACCCGAAGAACCGGUUGAAGAAGUAAAUGAAUUUUCUGUCGAAAAAAUUUUGGACAGCAGAGUCGUGAAUGGAAAGGUAGAAUAUUUUCUUAAGUGGAAGGGUUAUUCAUCGGAAGAGAACACUUGGGAACCGGAAGAAAAUCUUGACUGCGACGAUCUAAUUCAAGCAUUUAAAGAAUCCAAAAAGAAAAAAGACGCCAAAGAAGAAAGUUCUGGAAGGAAGAGCAAACUGAAGGAACCAUCGGAUGAAUCGAAGGUAGCUCCAGCUAAACGGAAAGCUACGGGAGAAAAGAAGAUGGGAUUCGAACGGGGUUUGGUCCCGGAAGAAAUCAUUGGUGCAACUGAUGACCAUGGAAAGUUGAUGUUUUUAAUGAAAUGGAAGAAUGCAGCGAACGCCGAUUUAGUACCUGCCGAACAAGCAAACGUUAAAUGCCCGCAAAUUGUGAUUAAAUUUUAUGAAUCCAGACUAACAUGGCAGUCGGCUGAAUCAAGAACGGAGGCGCGAGUGGACUAG